UCUGGACUCUACUCCUCUCGUCUGGGUGGGUGGAAAGAGAGCGCGAGAGGGACAGGGGAAGAGGCGCGGCGUCGGCGAAUUUGAGGAUUUAAUUCCUCUCCCCUGUUCGUGGCAUAUGCGACCGCUGGGAUCCGAGAGGAAGCGCGAAUCGUGCUCUCUUUCGGGUGCAAACGCCGCCACCUGAACAGGAGGAUGCUUGACUGGAACGACGAGGACCGGCAGCAGGCAGGAGACAAAAUAUGGGCUGAACUCAAUGGGAAUGAAGACCCUGCGCCCCCCAAUGAUACUAAGAAUGAUGGUACAUUAGUUUUUGCUGGAUACCAGAAGAAGAAUGAUAACGAAGCAGCUACAGUUCCAGUCCUUACUGAACCUACUUCAGAUGGUCCAACUGAACAUCCGGCUUUACAAAAGCAACCUACACCACUUGACAUGGAAUCCUGGCCUGACCUGCCUUCUUUGACCACUACACUUGAUAGGAACGAUUAUAUAGCAUCGACAUAUUUGGAUUUCAGUUCUGCACCUGCUGUGCAGAAAGUCGCAGGAAUCUCAUCAGUGCAGCUGAAUGGUGAGCCUGAAGUUUUUGGCAGUGAGCAUGACGAGAAGAGUAACAGCUUUCUUGAUUGUAACUGGGGUAAUAUUGGAGAUUUUGAUGAUUUUGACCGCUUAUUUAGCAACAGCGAAGCCUUAUUUCGUGAUGAGGUGGUUGUCAAUGGCAGUAAUUUUCUCUCCACGUCUUCAGCUGUGGUUAAUGGUACUGCACAAUCAAUCCCGUCUCUGCGUGCAUCGUUUAGUAAGCAACCAUCUUCUGAUAGUGGAUCUUCUUCACUUCUUAUUAAUGAUACUCUCAAUGGGGUAGCCAAACAAGAAAACGAGGGAGAUGUGCAGAAAAGGCCAACUAAAUCACGGAGAAAACCAGAAGAAAGAAGCAAAAGUAAAACAUCCAACACUACCAGUGGCUUUUCCCAAGAACACACAAUAGACAGUUUGCAUUCAUUGUCCAAGCCUCCUGCACAGCAUGUUCAAACUCUUCAAUAUACACUGCUCCACGAUAGCAAGUACAUGGAGAGAUUUCAGCAUGCUAAUCAGUUUAAAUUUCCUGGCUAUGGAUAUCCUGCAUGGCCAUUUCCUAGCAUUCCGUUGGUGUCAAAUAUUCAGGCUGAAGGCCAUCAGGCAAAUCCAGUGGCUGCAAGUUGCCGAACUUCAGUAGAUUCCCCAAAGCAGUCAAGUUCAACAGAAAAACCACUGAUGAUGACACCCCAAGAAAAGAUUGAAAAGCUUAGGCGCCGGCAACAACGGCAAGCCCUGAUAGCUAUUCAACAACAGAAGCAACAAUUUGGUCAAGAGGGUUCUGGCAGCAGCACCUUGGUAGCUCAAGCAUACUCUCCAAGGAAAAAGAAUCCAGAUUACAGUUCAGGUAUCAUAGACGAAAAUGCACCACAGCAGACUUCAGCUGGCCAUGAAGAGAUUCAGAGGGAAUCUGGAAUCCCUGAUGAUCCCUUUCUGGAGGAAAAAAUAUAUUAUGAGCUUAAAGAUGCACUUGGGAAGUUGGAUACCAGCACUCGGCUCAGCAUUCGAGACAGUUUGCUUCGUUUGGCUAAUAGUUCCUCGCAGAGACAAAUUGCUGGUUACAGAACUAUCAGUGACAACUCAAAGAGAGGAGAAGAUGAUAUUACAGAAAAUGGCGCAUCUAAUAAGAGAAAAAGAUCUCCGUUGAAGGAAGCAGAAACAGACACAAAUCCAAUCGAUCGAAUUGUGGCCCAUUUGCUGUUUCAUAGACCAUGUUCAAAGUUUGCAACAUCUGCAAAGGAAGAAACCUUACUUUUGACUCCAGUGUCACUUGAAGCUGACCCGAAGAUGCCUAGAAACACUCCUCUGGUACCAUCAGCAGGUCAAUAGAAUACGCUGGCAAUGGCAAUGCAACCUUCAGCGGUAAUGUAAGAUGUGUUAAGAUUUGAGUUCACUCAAAUGACAGUAAAAUAGGUAUUCUGUAUUUGCAUUUUUUAUACGCCCUUGAUAGCUGAUCUUCUUAGUGUACGUGGUGUAACAUCAAGACACUUUUCAAAAUCUGAUUGGUAGCUCUAUAAAUGACGAUCAGUGUCCUGCUGGUCUUCUGC